UCUUCCACGUUGUAACGACAGCAGGAAGAGAAUGUGUUGACCGUCCUCUGCCAGAGUUAGUGGUGUGUAAUCCAAAUAUUUAGAUCUGCUGAAUGGCAGUGGGGUAAAUGGGACUGUUUUCGUUACGUGCGUAAAAGGGUAUAUAUUCCGGGGAUACAAACUAACGGAAGCCAUGUCAGUAAAUCGCUGUGCGUACUUAUUUUCUCGCAUUCAACGCCACAUUAACAGCAGAACGACUUGCAUCACUGCCGGUAGCUGUCGUUCUACCACUGGCUCUAUUCCGUUACUCAGACAGCAUCAGGCUGGUUCCCUGGUUUGUUGCAGAAAUGUUUCUUCAAACGGCUCAACCGCCAAACCUCCGGACACUUCUCUAUUCGUCCCCAUCUCCCUUAAGACAGAUGCCCCGGCUGAUGGCAGCGUGGGAGUCGAGCUGACACAGCCGCUCGAUAAAAGUGAAAUGCUAAAAGUUUUGAACCGGUUUUACAAACGAAAGGAGAUGCAGAAGAUGGCAGCAGACCAGGGUCUGGAUGCUCGUCUCUUCCACCAGGCCUUCAUCAGCUUCAGAAAGUACGUUCUGGAAAUGACAUCACUUCCUGCUGACCUCCAUAUCAUCCUCAGUGACAUCUGCUGUGGAGCAGGCCAUAUUGAUGAUGUCUACCCAUACUUCAUUCGUCAUGCCAAACAAAUCUUUCCCAUGCUUGACUGUAUGGACGACCUGAGAAAGAUCUCAGACCUCCGAGUACCGGCCAACUGGUACCCUGAGGCUCGUGCUAUCCAGAGGAAGGUUAUCUUCCAUUCUGGACCCACCAACAGUGGGAAAACCUACCAUGCCAUCCAGCGCUACUUGGCUGCCAAAUCUGGAGUUUACUGUGGCCCUCUGAAGCUGCUGGCACAUGAAAUCUUUGAGAAAACCAACAGUGCUGGAGUGCCGUGUGACCUGGUUACUGGGGAGGAGAGGACUUUUGUGGACACUGACGGUCGAGCAGCUGGACAUGUGGCAUGCACCAUCGAGAUGUGCAGCGUCACAACACCUUAUGAGGUGGCCGUGAUUGAUGAAAUUCAGAUGAUCAGAGAUCUUUCUCGGGGGUGGGCAUGGACCAGAGCGUUGCUGGGAUUGUGUGCCGAGGAGAUCCACGUGUGCGGGGAACCUGCAGCGGUAGACUUCAUCAGAGAGCUGAUGUACACCACAGGAGAGGAGGUGGAGGUCCACAACUAUCAGCGUUUGACUCCGUUCUCAGUCUUGGAUCAUGCCGUGGAGUCGUUAGACAACCUGAGACCAGGAGACUGUAUUGUGUGCUUCAGCAAGAAUGACAUCUACUCCAUAAGCAGACAGAUUGAAGCCAGAGGACUAGAAUGUGCCGUUAUAUAUGGAAGUUUACCACCAGGCACUAAGCUGUCACAGGCCAAGAAGUUCAACGACCCGGAUGACCCCUGUAAGAUCCUGGUGGCUACAGAUGCCAUCGGCAUGGGCCUCAACCUGAGUAUAAAACGCAUAAUUUUCAACACAUUGGUAAAACCCAAUGUUAACGAGAAGGGAGAGAAACAGAUGGAGACCAUCAGCACCUCACAGGCGCUGCAGAUCUCAGGCCGUGCAGGGAGAUUUUCCUCCAAAUUUAAAGAAGGUGAAGUCACAACGAUGCACAGAGAUGACCUCGCUGUCCUGAAGGAGAUCCUUAGCCACUCUGUAGAUCCCAUAGAGACUGCAGGUCUUCACCCCACCGCAGAGCAGAUAGAGAUGUUUGCUUAUCAUCUGCCUGAUGCCACGCUGUCCAACCUUGUAGACAUAUUUGUCAGCCUUUCUCAAGUGGAUGGUAUGUACUUUGUCUGCAACAUCGACGACUUCAAGUUUCUGGCCGAUAUGAUUCAGCAUAUACCGCUAAACCUGAGGUCUCGUUACGUCUUCUGCACUGCUCCCAUCAACAAAAAGCAGCCUUUCGUGUGCACAUCCUUCCUAAAGUUUGCACGUCAGUUCAGUCGAGACGAACCCCUGACGUUUGACUGGGUCUGUCGACACAUCAGCUGGCCCGUGGCUGCACCCAAGAACAUCAAAGAUCUGGUUCAUUUGGAGGCUGUUCACGACGUUUUGGAUCUGUACCUCUGGUUAAGCUACCGCUUCAUGGACAUGUUUCCAGAUACAGCCUCCAUCCGGGAAAUCCAGCACGAGCUCGAUGAUAUCAUUCAGCAGGGGGUUCGAAAUAUCACUCGUCUCAUCCGAGCCACCGACUCAAACAUAAGUGACCCACUGCAGACCCAGAGCAACAUGCACGGCCAAACAGGGAGCGGCGGUGGAGCCUCAAGCAAUCGUAGUUUGCCCAGGAGCAGAGGUCAGAGAGGCCCAGGAGAAGUGAUGGGAAUCUCUCUGGCCAGUCGUCUGGUGAGAGAUGGGCUUCUGACCCCUGAUCUGCUCAGGCAGCUACAGAAGGAGUGGUCUAAGGACCAGAGACAAGAAUACACCAAUCAGAGCGCGCUCGAUGAAGACCAUCAUAGCAAGAACAACAAAGGGAAAAGAAAAAAGAAGAAGAAGUGAAGUGUCACACUGUUCUAUUAUGGCCAUUGUUAUCAUAUUUAACUCUGCUCCGAUGGGUUGUCUCAGCAAGUGAAGCAAGCCUUGGAAAAAUAUCUAGUUUGUACUGAAUUAUGUUUCAAUGCUGUGAAAAUGGAUGAAUACACCAACAGAACAGUGUGGACCCUGACAGCUACCUGGUUCAGGAGUGGAAUUCAUGCCAGAACACUUGUUUAUCGUCCUAACACUAGCCAUCUUAUUUCCCUGUGUGACAUACAUGCCAGGUUUGUUUUCUUGUAGCCCAGAAAUGAACUAAAUUAAGCAACAAUAAAUUUUUCCAGUUCAUGCUACUUUAAAGUCUCGGCUGCUUUACAUUUAUCCCACAUGUGGGAUCGGUGUGAACAGAAACACUCGGAUCCUUGUUUUUUUUUUAUUGGCAUUUGAGCUUAAAAAAGCGGACUCAUCUUGCUUUUGUUUAACCUAUGUACAUUUUUCAUAGUGGACAUUUUCUUGAUGGGAUAUUUGAAGCUUACUAGCAGCCGAGUUGAGCCUGUUUCAGUGACAUUAAGGCACGUUUUGUAAAUGCAGUGUGCACUUGUCUGUUGGUCAGUUCGUUUAUUUUCUCAGCUCAGGUCAUGGACACUCCACUAUUACACCCCACACAACGAGAGAACAGGUUGGAACGCACACAGACACCAACGGGAGGUCAUUGUCUGUAGGAAAGAUUUGCCUCUUUUUUCAUUGUAUUUUUAAGCAGUGGCAUUUGUCAAUAAAAAACCAAAAGUAU